AUUGGAAGCGUACCGAAGUCCGAGAGCAACAUUAAUCAGCUGGUCCGAGGGCUAGUCCAAUGAUGCCGGGCCAGUGGCCAUCAUCGGCGUGAUGGCAAUCAUGUCAUGGUAUAUGAUAUAUCAGGGCUCACCGAGCUAUCGAGCGCUCUGAGUCUCUGCUGCUUGGAUUCCGCACAGCUACUCAGAGUCUCGGACUAUAAGUACAACAACGUACCUAGUGUUGGGCCGUCGUCAAGCGAUCACCUUUUCCGACCCACCUCCAGGAAGCAUAAGCCUUCAAGGACGUCCACGCUGUUCAACAUGUCUAUCCCCGAGACGUAUAAAGCCUUCAGGCGCACCACCGGCGACUUCCCGAGGACCAUCGUCCCAACGACGGAGCAGAUGCCCCGGGAGCUUGGACCUCACGACGUCCUCCUCAAGAUCCACGCCGUCUCGCUCAACUACCGCGACCCCUGGAUGCUGCAUGGGGGCUACCCUUCGCAUAUGAUUGACCGAGGCAUUUCGUGUUCCGAUGCAGCGGCCGAGGUGGCCGCCAUUGGCAGCGCGGUGCAGGAUUUGGCCGUCGGCGAUCGUGUUUCGGUGAUUAUUGACCUUAGCAACUUGACUGGGUACGAGGAUGAGCCUCCACAUGUGCUUGGGGGCGACGUCGAGGGCGUGCUCCGUGAGUACGCCGUCUUCGAAGACAAGUACCUCGUGCACCUGCCCAAGCAUCUGUCGUGGGAAGAGGCAUCGACCAUCACCGUUGCCGGCGUCACAGCCUGGACUGCUCUCGACGGCCUCCAAUCGGCCAAUUCCAGGAGGAGUGUCCUCUUGCAAGGCACGGGAGGCGUCAGCCUGUUUGCGCUCCUGCUCUGCCUCGCCGCGGGCAUCCGGCCCAUCAUCACCUCUUCGUCCGACAAGAAGCUCGAGCGGAUCCGGCAGCUCGGCUCCCACAUCGGUACCAUCAACUACAAGACCGUGGCGGACCAAGCCGCCGAAGUCCAGCGGCUUACCGACGGCAAGGGCGUCGACAUUGUCAUCAACAACACUGGGGUGGGAUCCAUUCCCGAGGAUAUCAGCUUUUUGCGGCAGAGGGGCGGGAUCGUCUCGCUCGUCGGCUUCCUGGCCGGUAACAAGGCUGAUUGGGAGCCGAGUGCCGUGCUGGGAUUGAUGUACAAGUUCGCAAAGCUGAAGGGCAUCCUCGGGGGUUCUAAACAGGACUUCAUCGACCUGAACCGCUUCCUAGAAGAGAAGAAGGUAUCCCUGGCCCCGCUCGUUGACCGAGUCUUUGCGUUCGACGAGGCGCCGGCGGCGUUUGACUACCUGUACUCGGGCAGCCACGUCGGUAAGGUGGUCAUCAAGGUGCAGGACUGAAAUGAGUGUUCUACCAAGGGAAGGACCAGCAGUGUUCAUUUAGCCGUAUUCAGGCCAUACCUGAGAAUUCAGACCCAUCUCCCCUAACCCCUCCAUUUCAAGGGGUAUACCCUCUGCUGCUCUAUCGUGACCGCCGCCUUCUCUUUGAUAUCCACAGACGA